UUCCGGCCGUCAGUUUGUUUGUCGCUCGUUGCUUGCUUCGAUCAAAAUGCAAAGUGAUUUUAUGACUGUGUUUUGUGUAUGAAAUCACAUCUGAAACUCCUUUCUCUAGGAUGAAUUUUAACUAACUUACUCACUAAAAAUAUUAUUUUAAUUUAACUGUUACGUACGGGAGAUAUUACAAUAAGAACUUUAUCAUAUUGUCUUCGCGUGUAUCAUCCAAUGGAGGAUAUUGGUGUUUAUAAAUAUUGAUUUGUUAAAUAUUUUAAAAUUAGCACUGUUUCUUGUAAUAAAGAGUGAAAUGUGGGUAGUGCUUGAGUGUUAAAUAAAUGUUAGUAUCCCAGAAAUGCAACAGAUGCUGUAUUAUCAUUAUGGCGCUCGCGAAACACCGCGCAAUGUGAUCCACUGUGUUUGAUCGUGUUUUUUGUGUUUUUGUGUCGGUAUUGUGUUUAUUUUGACAAUGGAGGGGACUAAUGAAAAAGAUUGCUCUCCCUUGUGGAAUUUGUACCAGCAGAUCGUGUCUGAUAUGAAGAGCAGUGCUCCGAUGUGGGAGGAGUUUAUAUCGAAGGCAACCAAACUCCAUUCUGCGUUAAAAUCAGCGCUGGUCGCCAUUGCUGCGUUUCUCGAUGCCUUUCAGAAGAUUGCGGACGCUGCUACAAAUGCAAGAGGGGCGACUAAGGAAAUCGGCACAGCUUUAACACGAGUAUGUCUUCGACACAGAGCUAUAGAAAGCCGAAUGAAGACCUUUAUAAGCACUCUGAUGGACCGCCUCAUAACACCGCUCUCGGAGCGUGCAGACGAAUGGCGACGCGGCUGCAACGGCGGCGGCGCACUUAGUCGCGAGCACGCACGAGAGUGCAAGCGCGCACGCGCAGAACUUCGUCGCCGCGUGCACGACGCGCAACGACACGCGCGUAAGGCGAGGCGAGCUGCGCCAGAUGUCAAACGACGCGCCGACGUAUGCUUACAGGACAUCCAAGAGCGGAAGCAACAAUUGGAGGAAAUGGAAGAGAAGGCAGUGAAGGCAGCCCUGAUCGAGGAAAGGAGCCGCUUCUGUCACUUCGUGUCAUUGCUCAGUCCUGUCGUGGAAAGUGAAGUGGCAAUGCUAGCGGAGGUCGGUCAUCUGCAAGAAGGUACCGAACAACUGUCGAGACAAACAUCCGAGCCAAGGAGUUUACCGGCUGCUAGCCUUCAGGUGAUAUGCGACGUCAAAUCCUGCUACAGCGGCUGGGCGGAAAGCGGUUCCGCACCGCAUUCACCUUCCGCUUCGUCACGCCUCGGCAGUCGCAAGUCCUCUCUCACGUCCAUAUCUUCCCUGACAAGCCAAUGCUCGGAUCAGCAUGGUGUAUCGGGAUCUACAGUAAGCUGUUCCACACCUAUAUCGAGUGCCUCCUCCAGUCUCACCCCAGCGCCUGCGGCUGUACCGGACUCCCUUCGCGGACUUUCACAGUCCGGUAUUCGGCUGGCCAGCGUUUGCAGUGCGGACUCUGGGUUCCGUUCCCAAGAUGCGCUCCAAAGACCGUCGCUCUACGUUGACAAUGGUUCAGACAAUCAGAGCGUAAGUAGUGAAUGCGUCACUCCCUCCAAGGCGACAGACGAAGACAACAUCGAUGAUUCCAACGAUAUUAUGGCCAACGCUGCUUCUGCGACAUGGCCUGAUCUGAAAGACACCGCGCAGUUCGAAAGGGCGGCUUCUGCCAUAAUGGGUGGACGACCACAUACUAUUUCGGGAGCAUCAGAGCGCGGGCAUCCUCGACCAGCGCUCAGCGUUCACACGUUUACAGAGAACACGAGUCGCGAGGCUAUUUAUGCUAGACCACCUUUACCUACAAGAUGCUCGUCACUGGAGCGACCUAUAGUACCUGCUAAAACCAACGCUAAUACAGUGCACGCAGAGUUCAAACCCGCCAAACCGUCCUCCUUGCCGCCACACCUUGCUAAAGAAAUGCCUCAAGCUGUCUACGUUAACAUGUCAGAGCUCGCAACAUUAGCUGCUUCCAGGGCUCAACAGCAACAGCAACAACAGCAGCAGCAGCAGCAGCAGCAACAGCAACAGCAGCAGCAGCAUAAUACUGAAUAUCCGCAACAGGAAAAGGUUUGUUCAGAAAGCAGUGCCAGUGAAUCGUCGCUGGAAUCUUCAAGUGGUUACGGAAGCCAGGGAGCUUUCGCGGGUGAAGAUCAUGGGCACCAGCAUAUGCUCCCACAUGCUGAUGUGGAAUCGGAGAUCGUCACCUUGCGAAGGGACACCGAAAGCUCAGUCGCUGCAGCGAGGGAGAACUUUUCAAUAUCCUUGGGCAGUUUAGAGGAGGCUGUCCGGUCUUUGGAUGAGGCCACUGAGUCACCAACUUUUGCUACGAUAGGAAAAAAACCGGCUGUACCGAAGCGACGACCUGUUUCUAUGUCAGCAUCGGUGUGGUCUCGACGCGGUUCGUCAAGCUCAGUGGGAAAGCCUCCGCCGCCGGUGCGACGAUCUUCCUCCAUCUCGAGACCUCAGCGACCUCCCUACCACCAGAGUAAUAUGUCGGGGUCCCAAGUGAACACUAAUGAUACGGACCACCUGCCACCGCCGCCCGCUUUUCUUUUACAACCGGACAAUGAAGCUAAUAAUGCAGGCCACCAAACUAUAAACGUCGCUGAAACUGUAAAACAGUUAACGGAAUUAAAACACAUGCCCGCAUCGCCUGGCCUUGUGCGUCGCACGCUUCAAAACCAAACUCAAAAUCAGAACCAGAACCAAAAUCAAAACCAAAACCAAAAUUACGGCAACCAGCAAAGUCCCACCCAACUGAGUACAUUUCAACAGGCGAAGAGCAAUUUCUCGUCGAGCGUCAGCCUGAAUAGUACGGGCAACUUGAACCCGAUAUAUGGACAGACUGGCAACAGGAUUAUGGCAUAUGUGGAAAAUUCCAUGUUCGUAAGGAAGAAUAGUUUGAAUAGCUCAAAUUCGGAUCUAUAUAGUGGGAAUACAGGAGGCAUCUAUGGUGAGACAAAAGGGUCACCGAUCGGUUCCACGCCAUCGACGCCAAGUUACGGAGAAACGAAUACAUUUUCAAGCUUCGGACCUCGAGUGACAAACGAUUCACAUUACGGACAGACUGGAUUUAAACUUCAACAAGAGAAGUAUGGCACUGGAAAAUGUAUCUAUGCUCAACCAUCGCAACUGUCACCGGGACCUUUAGUACGACGACUGACCGCACGGUCUCAUAGUGCCGAACGACAUCACACUGAACAUGGCGGUCUUAUAGCGAGCCUUAGUGCUAAGCUCGCUCCGCAACUCUCUCCUCGUACGACCAGACGGGGGAUAUCUACCAUUACUACCGCCGAUUCUGCGCCUAAAGGAAAAGGAAUCCCCGCGGCUGUGCAACCAGCUUUUCUGGACAAACUGUCUGCGACUUUGCAGCGUCGGCAGCUCAACUCCUCACGGGCUGGCACGGUGCGAGAUCACAUCAACGCUCACGCACAGCCUGACCCGCGUGUAUGUCACACGUCACUAAUGGAGCAGAUAAAACGCGGCGCUACACUUCGCCGCAACAAGUACUGCAACGAUAGAUCCGCGCCAAAAAUACGUUAAUAAUGUAAAUUAUAGUAACGAAACCUAUGUAAAACUGAUCGUUUCACCAUUUUAUGCCUAAGACGAAUAUUCGAACAAACUUUAAUACAACCUAAUAUUUAUUUAUGUAAUUUGGUGCAUACUGUUCUUUAUUUACAUAUUUAUCACACAAUUGGUAUGCUGCUCUGAGUUCAAGUUCUUUUAAGCGGGAACCAAAAGUAAAUAGCCCCAAAAAAAAAAAAAAACUAAUACUUGUUUGGUUCGAAGUGUACUCUAAUGAAAAUAAAAUAUUAAAGCAUUAUUUUCAUAAUAACAUAAUGCUUUAAUUAAAAAACUAUGCAUUCAUAAACAGGUUAUUAGGAUUUGCUCGUAAUAGAUCUAUAAACUUGUAUUAGAUCUGUUCACGUAGUUCUCUUUUAUACAGUUCGAUAUAAAAUAUUGAAUGAUGUGAAAAAAAUGAUUUGAUACUUAAAGUUAUAUUAAAUCGGUGCGACUUCAUUCAUACGCUGACGUUGUUUCUUACACUAUAAUGCAAGAAAGAAGAAGCAUUAUGUUUUCAAAUGUAUUUUUAACGUAUUAAAAGUUCUAUAUCGGUGUAUUUGAACACGUUUAUUAGCACUAACAAAUUAUCAAAAGUACAAUCGUUCAAAAUAUCAAUAUUUCGAUUCUAUACCAAAUAUUUGAUGACUUUGACAGUUUUGAACAUUAUUCUAAUGGGAUUUAGACAUAACAUUUAGCAAAGAAGCAUAACUCAUAUACGCACAAUGCAUCAUAUUCAAAGUGAACAUACUUUGAUUCUAUUCUAGAUGAUUCGAAGGAUUAAGUCUGAUCAAGGUAGUAUAAGUAAAUCAUCCAGGUUGCAAAAGAAAAACCGAUUAAUAUCUGGUAUAUAUUUGGUUUUAUUUUCUGGUCCGAAUGAUUUUAAACGCAAAAUUUUUUCUUGGUCUGUUUAACCAUUUUAAAAUUAUUAUAAGGGUUAAAUCACAUAUGUUAGCAUCGAAUCGCAAUCAAUUUUAUCUGAAUAUGGGUUUAAUAGUGUACGUAUCAACACUUCUUUUUUUGUUUGAGAUUAAAUUGCUUAUAUGUGAAGCCUCGAUUUAACAUUUUAAAAGAUUUUAUAAACGCUUACAUACGUAUAACCUAUAUUAAAGCUACAACUACAGAACAAAGAGCUUCAAAUCGAAGCGAUGUUAUCGUAAACUACAAUAAGAUACGACGCUUCAAUCUUAAGACAUGCGAUAAGGCUUAGAUUAUAAAGCAGUUUUUGACUGACGAUGCUUUAAUGUGUGUCCAGAACCACCCAGCUGAAUGCUAGAUGCUUUCAUAUGUGUUUAUUUCACUCAAAUCACUGAACAGAUCAACUAGCGAUGCACUUUAGGCCAGGUAUUUUUUAUUAAUGGAUACCUACACGAUAAACUUCACUACCUGAACAAAAUAAUUGAUAAGAAGAAAAUAUUGUAAGAGCGCAAAUUUAAAAUCUCUAAUCUUUAGAGCAUGAUUGAUUUCGAUUUAAAUCACCUCCAAGGCUGUUUUUGUAAGUUACACUUUUGGAUUUUAGCUUUGUAUGCAUUUGUAAGUCAUGUACUGUAUCGUAAAAAAUCUGUUUUAUAACUCGAAACGACUUAUUAUCCACCUUAGUAAUAAUCCAGUAUAGAAGGAAUAUUAAGAUGUACGUUGGUCCUACGCUGUAGUACUCGUUUUUAGCGCUCCUUUAUUAUUAAGGUGGCAUAAGUCUUUUUAGGUAAUUUUGAUUUUCAAUGUAACUAAAAAAAAAACAUGAGGGACAGGGCCCCGAUUGUGCGUUAUAUUUAAUCCUAACACUCUUAAGGACAAAGCGGAAAGAAAAAAGUGACAAAACUUUUAUGAAGAUGUGACAAAAUUUUAAGGAUUUAAAUGCUACGGAUAAUCUGGUCUCUUAAUAAGUUAGCUACAAGUAAAACAUAACAUUCCAUUUUCUAUUAAUUGACAAAUUUACAUUAAAAAUCAAAGUUACCCGACUUGGCUUUAUUAUUAAUGAAUAAUAAAACGUCCAAUGUCUUAUACAUGAAAAUGUAAUUAUUUUCAUUUCUAUAAGGUAUUCUAAUUGAUAACGAAAAGCUCUCGAAAAAAAUUUACGCAAAGCUGUAAUUGUAAUGAAAAUAACAUUAUAUAAUGCAAUAAAUUGAUGCAAUUUGACAAUAUCGUAGAAUCUUGUAAGAUAAUUUGACAUAUCUCAUUAAGAAUACUUGUAACUAAAAGCAUAUCGAAAUUAUAUAAUAAUCUUUAGUAAUGUGUGUCUUUGUAUACAAUUUUAUCAAUAAAAAAAUUUCGAAUAUGAAUUUGGCAUUAGUUAAUUAAUAAGGAAAGCUGUGUAAAAUUUACUCAGUCUCUGAAUGUUUCCAGGAGACAGUUGAAAUAUCGUUGACCCAAUUAUAAACAGAUCAAAGCUAUAAAAGUAACAACAAAUAAGUACUUGUAUGUAUUCUUUACUAAAAUAAUUAACUCGUUGCAAUCGUAUCGUUACUCGUUUCUUUCGUUAUAGUUGACAUAUUUAUAAAAUCGUAUUCUUAACAUUAUAGGUACUAACUGGUGCCGAUUCUGUCAAUUUAGUUUAGAGAUAAGCCUCGAAACUAAAUUGACAGGUUUAGAAAUACCUACUGUAAUUUAUGCAAUGUGUCCCGAAGAAAAAAGUAGCACCAUUUUUAAACAGGUCAAGAUUAGAUAUAUAUGUCAACAUAAUUGGUAUCACUUCGUAACUAACUUAGUCGUAAUUUAUCUUCGUCAAUCCUUCAAGUCAACCAGUAAUCUUUGUAAUCAGUAACGAAUUCAUGCAGUUUGUAUCAAUUAUAGAACGGAACUUUAUACCCAGCUUGCCUGACAAUCACUAGCGCCAAAUUAAGUAGCUGGAUGGAGUUCAGAAUUCAAAAUGUGAGAACCGCGUUUUUAUAAAUAACACAAGCUCCUUAAGCUUCCUUAAGCUAGAAUAAAACGAGUAACAUCUAUUGCUACUAUAAAUGUAUAUUUAUUUCAAUGUCAAAAUUCGAUUUAUGUUUUUUUGAGUAGAUAUAAAUUUAAAUGAUUAAAUGUAAAUACUUUCUUUGUUCCACAUCUCCCGGCCAUCCCGUGACAUAUAACUUUUGAUUUACUUAGGUGACCCUAAGUUGAACUAAAGUUGUAAAUAUUAUUACUAAAGUAUAAUAUUAUUUUCGAAUCUGAGCGUUGUUUUCUGGCGUUACAUUUUGUGUAACUCUGUUUGGCUGCUCUCAUUUCAUUUGAUCUCUGCUUCAUGUUACGUUACAUUAACUAAUUUGAAACAGACUUGUCCAACGUAAUAUUGCUACAUAUUUCUACGAUAUUCCUUUUUAUCAUUUAAUUAUAUUAUGCAUUAUAUCACAGGUCGAUCUUAUUUUAUAAACAGAAUUUUGGAUGUGCUUGUUUCAAAUUAUUUAAACUUUUUGCCAGCAAGCGGUCGGUACAGCUGAAAAGAUUGACACAGUAUGACAGAGAUAGUGCAGUGCAGACGAUGUAUGACAAAGAUAAUAAAUAUUGGGACAAAGACAUAGAUAAUAAAAAUUAGUCAUAUACAUAAUUAA